AUGGCCAGAACUUUCUUUGUCGGAGGUAACUUCAAGCUUAACGGCUCCAAGCAGUCUAUCAAGGAGAUCGUGGAGCGUCUUAACACCGCGGACCUCGCCGACAACGUCGAGGUGGUGAUCUGCCCACCCGCCACGUACCUAGACCACGCUGUUUCGCUGGUGUCGCACCCACAGGUGACUGUCGGCGCACAGAACGCCUACACCAAGGCCUCCGGCGCCUACACCGGUGAGAACUCGGUGGACCAGAUCAAGGACGUGGGUGCCAAGUGGGUCAUCCUGGGCCACUCCGAGCGCAGAACGUACUUCAACGAGGACGACGAGCAGGUUGCCGAGAAGACCGCCUUCGCUCUGGAGCGCGGCGUGAGCGUGAUCCUGUGCAUUGGCGAGACGUUGGACGAGAAGAAGGCUGGUGUCACCUUGGACGUUGUGAAGCGCCAGUUGACGCCCGUCCUCGAAAAGGUCAAGGACUGGACCAACGUCGUGAUCGCUUACGAGCCUGUCUGGGCCAUCGGCACUGGGCUAGCCGCCACCGCUGAGGACGCGCAGGACAUCCACGCUGCCAUCCGCGACUUCCUAGCCGAGCGCACCUCGCGUGAUGUCGCCGACGCAGUGCGCAUCCUUUACGGUGGUUCCGCCAACGGCGCCAACGCCGCCUCGUUCCGUGACAAGGCCGACGUCGACGGCUUCCUCGUCGGCGGGGCGUCGCUCAAGCCCGAGUUCGUGGACAUCAUCAACUCCCGGCGCUAA